CACAGCAGUUCUGUUCAUUCUCAGCACCAGACAUGUCAAGAACCAUUGGACGCAAGCUUCGAGCUCGACGCAGCAGGGACGACGCAACGCCGAGUACAAGCCAUGCAGGCACCGACGACGCUCCAUUCACUGUAGCCGACUGCAAUACGACGUAUGAGGACACCAGGGAUGGCAUCCGGCGCACACCGUACAACCCGGCCAACGUAAAACGCGGGCAUACAGACAUCACAAACAUUGGAAGCAGUGGUAAGCCGCUUCAGGUUUCCAGCCACAGCAGCGAUGAGGCGAUACCAAGUACAAGCCGCGCAAUCAUGGAAAUAGCUUCAGUCAUUCCGAAAGACAACGCCAGCAGCAGCAGUAGCAGCAGCACCAGCACUAGCAGCAGCAGUACUAGUAGUAGCAGCAGCAACAGCAGUAGUAGCAGCAGCAGCAGCGAUGAGUCAACACCUAAGAAAAACAGGGCGGCCAUGGAGAAACCUCCAACCACUAUGAAAGGCGGUGUGAGUAGCAGCACCAGCAGCACUAGUAGCAGCAGCAGCGAUGAGAUAAGGCCACAGAAAAACAAGGCGGCCGUGGAGCAACCUCCAACAACUGUGAAAGACGGUGUGAGCAGCAGCACUAGUAGCAGCAGCAGCGAUGAGUCAACGCCAAGGAUAAACAAGGCGGCCAUGGAGCAGCCUUCAACCGAUGUGAAAGGCGGUGUGAGGAAUGCUGGCGCACGAAAAGCAAGAAAUCGGCACAGUGUAACCAGCAACACUGUUUCUGGGGGAGCAUCGAACCAGGAGAAUCAUCUCGAGCACACUAGCAUCAAGCUCUAUGCCUGCAAGGAAUGCCACGAAUACUUUUCCGGAAUGUCGGAACUCGAGAGACACAGCAGGAAACACAUGGGCGAAAAGCCCUUCAUUUGUAAUGAAUGCCCCAAGUCAUUCCCCCGUAGCAGCGAUUUGGAGGCACAUCGCCGCACGCACACGGGUGAAAAACCCUAUGUCUGCGAAACAUGCCAUAAAAGCUUCACAAGGAAUCAUAACCUCAAACAGCAUAUCAGAUGCCAUACGGGGGAAAAACCCUUUGUCUGCGAAUUAUGCCCCAGAAAGUUCGCAAGGAAGAGUUACCUCACGCACCACCUCGCUGACCAUGCAGGUAAAAAAGAUUUUGUCUGCAAAAUGUGUCAUAAAAGGUUCGCAAGGAAGCAACACCUCAAGUAUCAUCUCACCAGCCAUACGGGUGAAAAGCCCUUUGCCUGUAAUAUUUGUUCUAAAUCUUACACGCGGAAGACCCAUCUCACCAGGCACUUUCAAAAGCAUACCGCCGAAAAUUCUAACGCUAGCCCAUAAUGCCCUCAAUCAUUGGCGCCCGAGCGAUGUCUCGAUGAAAAUCUCUACACGUGUAGAGGCGAAGACCUCGGCAUUGCGAAGGAUGAACAGAAUUCGUUACGCGCGAGUUGCCUCCGGAACAUUACUGCAGUAAACACAGGGAUGAGAAACCGCAUCAGUUUACGCAGUGCCGCAGUCGCUUAGAGGGCACGAAAACCCUCGACAGAUGUUUUUACUAGCAACAUACGCCCUAUGUGUGAAGACUUAUUUUUAGAGACAUGGUUGAAAAUUUCACGCAUUCCAUUGCGCGAAUUGCUAAAUGACCACGAUAACCAAUUGGGUGCGCUGAUAAACUCACUCGUCUGCAGAGCAUUUAUCGCCUCUAUAAAUAUGAUUCAUGGUAGCAAACAUCUCCCGACGAGUGGCCCAAUUUUUAGCCAUGUAUACAAGUUCACGCAAUGGGUGACAGUGUGAGCAAAGCGCAUGGUGCGCUUUUGAGCUCCUGUGACGGCGAAAACACUUGGAGAAAUCCUCGACGUAAGCUGUGUUAACUGGCUGUCAAAACAUUACGAGGGGAGACAUUACCGCAAGAGUUUGAACAAUUUUGCAAUUGAGUAAUAUUCGUCUGGUUCUUCGUUCCGCAAUUCAGUCUUGAUGACAAACUAUAGCAGGUUGCCACUUUUAUAUUGCUGGGGCUUGGGCGUGAAACUGCCAGAUGAAUCACCAUAACUACCUAUUCAGUGCAGAAAAUUUCAGUUGCAAGCAUUUUGGCCUCAUUUAAACAAGUUUUUAUUCUGAAUGUCUUUAACUAUUGACCUCUCAUCAUUGUGGAAAUGAACAUCUACCGCGACCUGAGGCUUUAACGGCUGAGGAAUGCGUUCCAUUAUCAGAAAAGGAGCAGCAUCCUUUCUUCAGAUUGCAAGUACCCAGUCAAUUGUCCAGGUAUUUCGUUAGAUUACUUUUUCACGUAUUUAAUUUUUUCACAUAUCCGUAACUGCGAGUACCGAAGGUACUGGCAGUAAAUAUUCCCCACUAUUUACCCAACAUUAAGCACAAAACCAGGUUUUCGAAUUGGACUCAUAUUUGUGUGCUUAGAUCUUAUUUGCUUCACAAAUGUUUUUAUUUUGAGUUCAAAACUAUUUUUAUUGUAUUUAUUAACAUGUUCAAUGAUCCCCCAUAUACAACCUUGGUGUUUCUUUCUCUCUUUCCUGAAAAUCGUGUAUUACUUCCGUCAGAUUAGGCUGAUUAUUGCUAGAGAAUUUAAGUGAUGUUCACUCUAGCAGACGCUCCGGCUCAUAGACAACAUAAAUUCCAUUUAAUUUUAUUUAGCAUAAAAGACGAGAAUCGGACAAA